GCAACAAGAGGCAAUCAAAACAAGAUAAUGCAAAGUUUGCUCAUGAAGAGCAAGAUGAUGAACCUGUAAUAUUGAUGGUAACCACUAAGGAAGAUGAAGUGGGAACAAAUUUAUGGUACUUGGACACGGGAUGCUUAACUCAUAUGUCUGGAAGGAAAGAUUGGUUCAUCAAUCUUGAUGAAUCAAUGAAAAGUAAAGUGAAAUUUGCAAACAGUAGCUCACUUAUGGCAGAGGGUGUAGGAGAAGUUCUAAUUCAAAAUAAGAAUGGAAAACAGUCAAAGAUUUCAGAAGGUCUAUUUGUCCCUGGAUUGAAGUGUAAUCUUCUAAGUGUUGGUCAGCUGCUUGAGAAAGGUUACAUGAUGAAACUUGAGGAUAAGCAAUUGAAAACAAGAAACAACUGA